UGCAAAACAAUAAUGCUUAUCGCAAAUUAUCGUCACUAAACAUAUGUGAUAACCUAAGCAAUUAUGUCAAAAAGAGGAUUAGCUAGCGGUAGGACGGAAUAUUUAGAAGUUGGAGAGUUUAAUUAUUCGUGGCCUGGAGAAAAUGGAACACUCCAUGAUUAUGGGUCGGUGAAUUACACAAUGCCAUCAGGACCAUGGUAUUGGCCUUGGUGUCCACUAUGGAGGGUUCCACAGCACCCCCUUUUUCAGCUCUCCAACAUGCUAUUUGUGGCCUCGUACUGCGCGCCGAGUACGAAGAAAGGGCAGCUUUGGAUGCACACAAUCUUGAUUUUCGCCUUCAUGCUCUACUCGAUCUGGGCCUGGCACGUCAUAUGCUCACCUGACGCGUUCUCAUGGAACUUCGGUUUCGUGUUCCUGAACUUGGCGCAAGUUGUGUAUCUCGUGUAUGAGAUGCGACCCGUCAAGUUUGACCCGGAGUUGGAGGAGGUUUAUCAUACGCUGUUUGAGCCAUUUAAGGUUUCACGGCUACAAUUCAAGCGAAUGGUAUCACCGGAUUUUGCUCACGUAAUGUCUCUACAUGCCGGGGAGGCCUACGCUAUGCAGAACCUUACGAAGACCGACAGACUUGGCCUGCUGUUGGCUGGAAAGGUCAACGUGAUGAGUGGACACCAGUUCCUCCAUCCGAUUCUUCCAUGCGAGUUUCUGGAUUCUCCCGAGUUUGAGUCCAGCCGGGCUACUAUUGAUGAAAAAUUCAAGGUAUCCAUCUUAGCCGCAUCCUCCUGUCGCUACGUCUACUGGCAACGCAUCCUAGAAUAUCUCUUCGUAAAGGAGCCAUACUUGGCCUCCGUCAUAACAACUCUUAUAGCCCGGGACAUAACGACUAAGUUAUACGCCAUGAAUAAUAAAAUAGUGACGGAUAGAGGCUCACACUUGGAUAUACGCUUGCCAAGUAUUUCUCACGCCUUGGCAAGAAGUCCAAGGAGAUUGAGGGCGGUCAAUCGGCCUCCGCCGCCGACCACGGUUCAACCCGUUCCACCGGAGAAACGACCAACCUGCUGGAUCCGCAACGACCGCUCCGACACCCGUCGCGAUGGCUCCGAGUAUUCCGGCGACGAAGAACUGAUGCCUCUAGCGGAGCACGAGGCUCCCGCCGCCUCAUCUGAUGACCUAUCCGUUGCCGAAAGCUGUCCAGACACCUCCUCCAAAUACCAUAGUUGUGAAGCUGUAGAAACUGAUGAUGAAUUGAGACACUAGUAGGUAUUCCUUUAACUUCCUUCCUUUGCUCCUAUUGUGACGAAGAAAUGCUUCCAGUGGAGGACGAGGCUCCCGCCGCCUCGUUUGAUGACCUAUCAAUUGCCGAAAACUGCCCAGACACCUCUCCAAAUACCAUAGUUGCGAAGCUGUAACUUCCUUUCUUUGUCACUAUUUGCGACAGAGAAGUCAUGCUUAGCUUCUAGCAAAACAUGAGGCUCAUGCUGCCUCAUCUGACGAUCUAUCAGUUGCCGAAAGCUGUCCAUACACCUCCUCCAAAUACCACAGUAGUAGAAACUGAUGAUUAAUUGCGACACUAGUGUUCCUUUAACUUCCUUUUUCUUAUCCACUAUUAGAGGUAAAAAACUCUAGCUGAGCACAAUGCUCCCUUCGCAUCAUCUGACGACCUGAGUCGCUGAAAGCUGCUCAGACACUUCCUCUAAAUAAGUAUCAUGGUUGUGAGGCCAUGGAAAAUCAUGAUGAAUUAAGACACUAGUCUUCCUUUAAGUCCUUCCGUUCUCUGCCACUAUGUCUUCUGCCUAGUCUAGUGUAUAUGAGGCCCCAGUACUACCCGCUAAUUCAAUUGGCUUGAACUUGCGUAAUUUGAAGCGAAUCUCAUGCUAGAAGAUCUGAUUCUGAUGCAGAAUUCUGUGUCAUUUCUUCCGAGUACCUUUCGUCUUCCU